AUGCCUGUACUUGGGGUUGCCUCAAAACGGAGGCAGCCAGCUGUUGGGUCAAAGCCUGUUCAUACUGCGCUUCCGAUCCCAAAUCUUGGCACUACUGGGUCACAGCACUGUUCUUUAAGACCUUUGAGACUUAAUGGAACAGAAAGCUCAAUGCUUUCUUGUCAGCUCACAUUAAAACCAACCUGUGAAUUUGGACAGAAGAAAUCCUUCCAAGGAAAAGCCAAGGAGACAGAAGACAGUAAGAUUUACACUGAUUGGGCUAACCACUACCUAGCAAAAUCGGGCCACAAGCGACUGAUCAAGGAUUUGCAACAAGAUAUUGCAGAUGGCGUACUGCUAGCAGAAAUCAUCCAGAUCAUUGCAAAUGAAAAAGUUGAAGAUAUCAAUGGAUGUCCUAGGAGUCAGUCUCAGAUGAUUGAAAAUGUUGAUGUCUGCCUUAGUUUUCUAGCAGCCAGAGGAGUGAAUGUUCAAGGUCUAUCUGCUGAAGAAAUAAGAAAUGGAAACCUAAAAGCCAUUCUAGGGCUGUUUUUUAGCUUGUCUCGCUACAAGCAGCAGCAACACCAUCAACAACAGUAUUACCAGUCCUUGGUGGAGCUUCAGCAACGAGUCUGUCACAGUUCUCCUCAGCCAGAAGCCAGUCAGGCCAAAACACAAGACAUGCAGUCCAGUCUGGCAGCCAGAUAUGCAACUCAGUCUAAUCACAGUGGAAUUGCAACCAGUCAGAAAAAGCCUACUAGGCUUCCAGGUCCCUCUAGGGUACCAGCUGCAGGCAGCAGCAACAAAGUCCAGGGAGCCUCUAAUUUAAAUAGGAGAAGUCAGAGCUUUAACAGCAUUGACAAAAACAAGCCUCCAAAUUAUGCAAAUGGAAAUGAAAAAGAUUCCUCCAAAGGACCUCAACCAUCUUCAGGUGUAAAUGGCAACAUGCAGCCUCCCAGCACUUCUGGGCAGCCCUCUGCCUCUGCCAUCCCUUCUCCUAGUGCCAGCAAGCCAUGGCGCAGCAAGUCCAUGAAUGUCAAGCACAGUGCCACCUCUACCAUGCUGACCGUAAAGCAGUCAAGCCCAGCAACCUCACCCACACCAUCUUCAGAGAGACUGAAGCCACCUGUCACAGAAGGGGCCAAAACAGCUCCCUCAGGACAGAAAUCUAUGCUUGAAAAAUUCAAGCUGGUCAAUGCCCGGACUGCUUUACGGCCCUCGCAGACUUCCAGUUCAGGUCCCAGCGAUGGUGGGAAGGAUGACGAUGCCUUUUCUGAGUCUGGUGAAGUGGAAGGUUUUAAUUGUGGUCUGACCAGUGGUGGCUCAACAAAUAGCAGUCCCAAAGUAUCACCUAAACUGGCCCCUCCAAAAGCUGGAAGCAAAAACCUCAGCAAUAAAAAGUCUUUGCUACAGCCAAAGGAAAAAGAGGAAAAGAACAGGGACAAAAGUAAAGUUUGCACUGAAAAAUUAGUGAAGGAAGAGAAGGAUCAGUUGACGGAAACAGCUCCAAAAAAGACCUCUAAGAUUGCAAGCUUGAUUCCAAAGGGUAGCAAAACAACCACAGCCAAGAAGGAAAGCUUAAUCCCAUCUUCUAGUGGGAUUCCAAAACCUGGCUCAAAGGUGCCAACAGCAAAGCAAACUGUUUCACCUGGAAGCACAGCAAGCAAAGAGCCUGAAAAAUUCAGGACUACCAAGGGAAGUCCUUCCCAGUCCAUACCUAAGCCUAUGACCACUGAGAAAGCAAACACAUCCACCUACCCUGUUUCUUUGGAAGGCAGGGAAACUAGCCAAGCUUCCUCUGGUUCUUGUACCAUGCCAGUGACACAAAGCGGUGGGCAGAGCAUGGGAAAUGGUGCUGUCCAACUUCCUCAACAACAGCAACAUAGUCAUCCAAAUACUGCCACAGUCGCUCCAUUCAUUUAUAGAGCACAUUCAGAAAAUGAAGGUACACCUUUACCAUCUGCUGAUUCCUGUAUCAGUCCUACAAAAAUGGAUUUAUCAUAUAGUAAAACUGCUAAACAAUGUCUAGAAGAAAUUUCUGGUGAGGACCCUGAAACAAGAAGAAUGAGAACAGUUAAAAACAUUGCAGAUUUGAGGCAGAAUUUAGAGGAGACUAUGUCCAGUCUUCGUGGGACCCAGAUAAGCCACAGCACUCUGGAAACUACAUUUGACAGCACUGUGACAACAGAAGUAAAUGGAAGGACCAUACCCAGCUUGACAAGUCGACCCAGUCCCAUGACCUGGAGGCUGGGCCAGGCUUGCCCUAGACUUCAGGCAGGAGAUGCACCCUCUCUGGGUGCUGGCUACCCUCGCAGCAGUACCAGCAGAUUCAUCCACACUGAUCCUUCAAGGUUCAUGUAUACAACACCUCUCCGUCGAGCUGCUGUCUCUCGUCUUGGAAACAUGUCACAGAUUGACAUGAGUGAGAAAGCAAGCAGUGACUUGGACAUAUCUUCUGAAGUUGAUGUGGGUGGAUAUAUGAGUGACGGUGAUAUCCUUGGAAAAAGUCUCAGGACCGAUGACAUCAAUAGUGGAUACAUGACAGAUGGAGGGCUAAAUCUGUAUACUAGAAGUCUGAACCGAAUACCAGAUACAGCAUCUUCCAGGGAUAUCAUCCAGAGAGGGGUUCAUGAUGUGACAGUGGAUGCAGACAGGUAA